AUGGGGCUCUGCUACAGCCUGCGCCCGCGGCUCUUCGGCGACGCCGGCGGCUCCAUCUCCAGCGCCGGCGCCGCCUCGGAGCCCGAAGCGCCGGCGGAGCCUCACGCCGCCCCGCAGCCGCAGCCCCUCGGCGCCCCGCUUCGGCCCGGUGGUAAGCCUGGCGGGGAGGCGGACGGGCCGCCGCUGCUGCUGCAGAACGGCGGCGGUAACGGGGCGGCCCCCGAGCGGCCGCCGCUGCCCAAGGCCGGCGGCCCCGGCGGCGGGGGGAAGGCGGCGCGGCAGCAGGCGCUGCACCAGCCGCCAGCGCUGCAGAGACCCUGGGAGAAGCUGCGCCUGGAAGAGCGGGAGGCGGAGAAGGAGGCGAGGAAAGUCAGCAAGAGCAUCGACCGGGCGCUCAAGGAGCAGAAGCGGGAGUACAAGCAGACGCACCGCCUGCUGCUGCUGGGGGCUGGUGAGUCAGGAAAAAGCACUAUUGUGAAACAAAUGCGAAUCCUACAUGUCAAUGGAUUUAAUUCAGAAGAAAAGAAACAGAAAAUACUGGAUAUUCGGAAAAAUGUUAAAGAUGCGAUUGUGACUAUAGUUUCAGCUAUGAGCACUUUAAUACCCCCAGUUCCAUUGGCCAACCCAGAAAACCAAUUUCGAAUGGACUACAUCAAGAGUAUAGCUCCUCUUUCUGACUUUGACUAUACACAGGAAUUCUUUGAACAUGCAAAAAAGCUCUGGGAUGAUGAAGGCGUAAAGGCAUGCUUCGAGAGAUCAAACGAAUAUCAACUGAUUGACUGUGCACAGUACUUUUUAGAAAGAAUUGACAGUGUCAGCAUGGAUGACUACACACCCACAGAUCAGGACCUAUUAAGAUGCAGAGUGUUGACAUCAGGGAUUUUUGAAACAAGAUUUCAAGUAGAUAAAGUAAAUUUCCACAUGUUUGAUGUAGGUGGCCAGAGAGAUGAGAGAAGAAAAUGGAUCCAAUGCUUUAAUGAUGUCACGGCUAUCAUCUUUGUUGUGGCUUGCAGCAGCUACAACAUGGUAAUAAGGGAAGACAAUAACACAAACAGACUACGGGAAUCCCUGGACCUUUUCAAAAGUAUCUGGAAUAAUAGGUGGUUACGGACCAUUUCUAUCAUUUUGUUCUUGAAUAAACAGGACAUGCUGGCUGAAAAAGUCUUGGCAGGGAAAUCAAAAAUCGAAGAUUACUUUCCUGAAUACGCGCAUUAUACUGUACCUGAGGAUGCAACACCAGAUGCAGGAGAAGACCCCAAAGUCACAAGAGCCAAGUUCUUCAUCCGGGAUGAGUUUUUAAGGAUAAGUACGGCGAGUGGAGACGGCAGGCAUUAUUGCUACCCACACUUUACAUGUGCAGUGGACACAGAAAAUAUCCGCAGAGUGUUCAACGACUGUCGAGACAUCAUUCAAAGGAUGCAUCUCCGCCAGUACGAACUCUUGUGAGGGGGAUCACCGUGGAACCUGUGGUUUUAAAUUCUUUGCUCCUUACUCUUUCUCUUGAUACUACCCCACACAGGGUGGAAGAAUAUACUAUAGAAAUGUCAGUCUCUUCACUUUGUUUACUUUAAUUA